AUGUUCAAAUUCAUUGCCUUCUUUGCCUGCGUUACUGCCGCCGCGGCCGCACCCGGACUGCUCGGUGCCACACACACCAUUGUCCAGCCCGCUGUGCUCACCAAGACCGCCUAUGUGGACCACAGCGCCUCCUCGGCCAUCACCCAUCAGAGCAAUGUGAACCUGGUGCGUAAGGUGCCUGUUGUGCCCGUCGUCCAGACCUACCAUGCCGCGCCUGUGGUGCAUGCCGCGCCCGUUGUGCACACUCCCCUCGUCCAUGCCGCACCCGUUGUCCACACCUAUGCUGCUGCCCCGGUGGUGCACUCUGUGCCCGUAGUGCACUCGGCUCCACUGCUCAAGACUGUGGUCAGCGCUCCAGUCGCCUACACUGCCAUCCACAAGUAA